AUGCAGCAGGUCAAGGUGCACCUGGCCUCAUCCAUCAGGAAAUGCCGAACGAGGACUUGCUACGAACACAGGCCGACUCGCUCCUUUUCGACCUCCUCAAAUCCUAAAAAUCAGCUGAAGUUGGACACGAAGACUGCUAGCAUCCGGCAUCGUUUUGAAGAGGCACAAUCGGACAAAAAUGUAGUCAGGAUCCUCGAACUAUGUCAGGAACUAAAACAGGCCGGUCGACCCUCGCAAGACGAGCUCAAAUUAGCAUAUCGUCACUUGAUAUCAAUCCUGGCACACUAUGGCCUCUGGACGCAACUUUACGCGACUGUGAACGAACUGAUGGAGCUGAUCGAACUCAAAGAUAGGGACGACCUCCUGUGGGCAACAAUCAUAGAAGGAUUUAUCAAAUGUGACAGAUCAACAGAUGUGAUCUAUUCACUGAUCAUUUCGACGGGAAUAAACAUUGGCCCACACACGAUUACUGCCUUAUUUCGUGCCGCCAUCCUGGAAUCCAAUCUCAGCCAGUCUAUCCUCCUGCUCCAAGUAGCUACCGCCUCCGAAUUACUGCCCCAGAUCCCAAAGACUCUACUCAUCCAAUUGGCCGGCUCAUUGGCUGAACAUGGCCAACUUAAUCUAGCUGUCGAUCUCCUCCACUCAUUCGUAGUCCCAAUCAAAGAAACCGACCAUCCGGAUUGCGUCGGAGGUUUAACUCGCUUGCUACGAACAUGUGUCAAUCGAUCAGAUCCUCAAUCAACUCUAUACUGUUAUUCCUACCUAACAAAAAAUCAUCCUGAUAUGAUUGAGAAUUUGUUGGAUGAUGGAUUGAUGAUCGAACUGCUAUCCCUGGGCAGUCGACACAUCAUGCCAGAUCUUGCGCUCAAUGUUCUUUCCCAACUUGUCAGAACUCGGCGGAAACUAGAAAUCACACAUCUGUUCCCAACGGUCAUUGCGCUCUGUCGCGCCGGAGGCAGGAUGUCAGAAGUCAUUGAGAUCCUUGUCCGAGUAGGGAAAGAGCUCGCUAUCGGAACCGAGGAGAACGAACUAGUCGCGUUUAACUUGAUGGUCGGUCAUCUUGGCGGCCUCAGCGAAUAUCGUAAGCUCAUCCAAAGCAACGCACAAGAAGAAAUACCAGACGGACAACAAGACGAAAAACGGGAGGAAAUCCUCAAAGGCCUCAAUAAAUCCAAACAGCUUUGCAGGGAUUUGCUGAUCAAGAGGUCUAAUAAUGAUCAACACGAACGAGCUUCGAUAAUCUCUCACUCAUUGGUUAAUAGUCUCAUUCAAGCCGACCUGGAACUCCAUCGUCCCCUCGAGUCUCUUGCGACCUUCAAAACUUACUUCAGCAAUCCACAAAAUCACUCAACUUGCUUCAUUUUUCAACCUGAUCAACAUACCCUAAGUUUAUUGAAAAACGCCGCCGAGCAAGCUUCGUCCGAUCAUCGAUCCCUCCAGACUGAAAUCUUGAGUAUCAUCGAUGAUCUCCAAAAAGAGAUUUCCUGUUGACUAUAUAGACUUCAUUGAGCUUGCAAGACAGUUUCGAGUUGGAAUUAUUGUGAUCUUUGCCUAUUUUAUAAUGAAAUCUAGUCGGUCUUACUCUCCUCGAACUUUGACAUUCUCAAGCUCACAAUAAACUCAAGUAAAGAUGAUACUCAGACUUCAAUUGCUAUGUUAGAAAGAUGACUUGUAGAGAUUGAAUGAGGGAUGCUAAUAAGAAAUGAUU